UCCCUCUGCAUUACAGAUUUGCAAUGCCUAGGCUUCUUGUUGUUCUCUCAGCUCUCUUUCUCCUUGCUGCAGGGAGAAACAUAAUUGUCUCAGGAAGUGAGCAUGAUGAUGAUUUCUUCAAGAAAUGCCCGGCUUCGCGGUGCGUAGAAGGCGGCCUGGAGAUCAGAUUUCCAUACCGGCUCGACUCGAGCCCUUCGUACUGUGGCGGUCCUGGAAUGGAGCUCUCGUGCUCGGGCAACGACACCGUCCUAGCACUCCCACAUGCAGGAUCUUUCAACGUGACUGCGAUCGACUACCUUUACGGCGAAAUCACGAUCAAGCUGGGAGGUUCGUGUUUACAUGGCUUUACGGGAAACCUGGGAUUCGACAAUCUAACCACGUCGGUGUAUAGACCAUUGGACAGUUGGGAUAUCAGCUUGCUAGGCUGCCCAAGAAAAUGGACACCAGACGACGACUAUGAUGCCGCCGGCCCGAUCUCUUGCCUGAGCACUGUAUCGCAAUUUGUCUAUGUAGUGGCGGUCUAUGAUUAUGCUGCCGGUCUCCCUUCGGAUUGUCGGGUGAUCGCAGCCGAUCUUAGCAUUUCCUUUCGGCGCAUGACCGACCCCGAUUCUAAGUGGCCAACCUUCGACGAAAGGGUGGCCGAUCUCAUAACACGCGGCGAGGUGACUCUAGAGUGGAAUGUAACUCAAAUAACUGGUAAAUGCGUCCAAUGCGAAAAGGCGAAAAAGUACUGUGGAUUUAGCUCAGCGACCAACCAAGCAUUCUGCCGACACGGUCCAAAUGUCAAGCUCAUCGCAGCAACAUCUUCCGCCGCAUUUGUUAUACUUUUGUUGCUUGUUGUAAUCUUAUUCUACUUCUUUAGACGAUCAAAAAGGGAAAAAGAAAUACGUUUGAAGGUGGAGAAAUUCCUCGCGUCGUACAACGCCAUAAAACCGACUCGCUACACCUUCUCGGAGCUCAAGAAGAUUACUAAAAGGUUCAAGAAUAAGUUGGGCCAAGGCGGUUUCGGAAGCGUCUACAAGGGCGAGUUAGCAAAUGGAAUUCCUGUUGCGGUAAAGAUGCUCGAGAGAUCGAAGUGGGACGGUCGAGAGUUCACCAACGAAGUCGCGACAAUCGGACGAAUUCACCAUUUCAAUGUCGUUCGCUUGCUGGGAUUUUGCUCGGAAGGAACCACACAUGCGCUUAUAUACGAGUUCAUGCCAAAUGAAUCACUAGAGAAGUACAUCUUCUCGAAAAGUAGGAAUACCCUUCGUGAGCCGCUAAAGAUGGAGAAAUUGUUAGAGAUCGCAACAGGAAUUGCUCGGGGGAUCGAGUAUCUGCAUCAAGGGUGCAAUCAACGGAUCUUGCACUUUGACAUCAAGCCUCACAACAUUUUGUUGGAUCGCAAUUUCAACCCUAAGAUAUCCGACUUUGGUCUCGCGAAACUGUGCUCGAGAGAUCAAAGCAUUGUUACGAUGACCGCGGCGAGGGGCACGAUGGGCUACAUCGCGCCGGAGAUGUAUUCAAGAAACUUCGGAGCGGUGUCCUACAAAGCGGACGUCUACAGUUUCGGAAUGCUGGUGAUAGAAAUGGUCGGCGGGAGGAGGACCGCCGAUCUGCAAAUUGAGAACCAAAGUGAGUUUUAUUUUCCGGAGUGGAUUUAUGAUCAACUGGUGAAUGGGCAAGACAUUGGGCCGGCGAUAGAGAUAGCAAAUACAAGCGAAAUAGAGAUCGCAAAGAAACUCGCCAUUGUGGCGUUGUGGUGCAUACAAUGGGAUCCGAGGGAUCGGCCGUCGAUGACGAGAGUCGUGCAGAUGCUGAUCGGCGAUUCGCAGAACUUGCCAAUGCCGCCGACACCAUUUGUGUCCUCACCAGCUCAAGAUAUAGUUAUCACAGCUCCAAAUUAGCGAAGUAUAGGAGCGCGCGUUUGAUCAUCUAGUAUUCGAGUUCGUAGUUAUUUUGUAUCUAAUUAUAUAUACUUAUUUUAUUUUCCUUUCUCCACUUCCAUCCCACUUCCAUCAAAACAAAUAUGCCCAUAGUGCAUAGUGCAUGCUGAGGAGAAGGGAACCUAGGCCGUAGUGUUCAGGAAAAAGAAAAAUUCUAGAAUGCAACAGGUAUAUUGGUGAU